AUGGGUAGAUGGAUGGAUAGAUCAAUGGAUAGACGGACAGCAUUGACAACAUUCUCUCGUUGGAUGAAGAAGACCUGCCUCCCGUGUCCGCCGCAGCGGGUCGCCGCCGCCACCGGCAACGACUUCUACGUCUUCUCCUACUUCGAGGACAUCCUUCGUGUUGUAGCCAUCAAUGAUGUCACUCUGCUCAUACAAGACACCAUUUAUAGACUUACGCAAGACAUAAAUGUGUAUAUUCAGAAAUGGCAAAAAUAUCAGCACCUAUGGGGAUUCGACAAGAACUUGUCCUGUGAGAAAUAUAUACAAAAAAACGAACAAAUUCAGAAAUAUGAUGAAAAGUUUUUCUUCUUCGAAGAUAUUAUAUCUGAUUUAGAUGCUCAUGUGAAAUUUGUGGAUAUUGGAGCGAUUAGAGUGAACUUGAGGCCAAUAAUACAGCAAGUGCAGGGACACGCUCAGGAGUGGAAAAACAUCCUCGGACACUGCAUAGCGGCCAAGACCCGGAUGAACAUGUAUGACCUGAAGAAUCAGAUCGAGUCACUUCGAAUGACAAUGAAUAUGAAUAUAAAAGGAUUGGAGGACUUCAAACUGGUGAUGGCGACCAUCACUCAAGUGCAGCAACUUACUACAACGGCUGAAGUCAAAUUCAAAAAUAUGCAAGAAAUAUUCCACAUGCUUCGGAAGCAUGGUAUCGAUGUGUCAGAUGGUGAUUUAGAUUUCGCUAAAAACCUUGAAUCGUCCUGGGGUAGUUUGUAUCAAACUUCACUAUUCAGAGGUAAUACUCUAGAACAGACGAAAGAAAAGUUUUCCAAACUAAACGUAGUGGAAAUUUCCAAUUUCCUCAAAGAAUUGGAUGAUUUUGUGGAGAAGUUUGACAAUGAAGGGCCCUCCACUGUUGGCGAUGAUAUGGAUAGAGGUCUAUUACUAAUUGAGGAAUAUACGAAAUAUUUCGAUGAAUUAGAAUCUCGUAAAAAGAUCCUUCAAGCUGCGGAACAGCUUUUCGACAAUCCUCUUGCGGACUUUUCCAGUUUCAAUCGAGCGAAAACAGAUUUCCAAGCGAUGGAACAAAUUUAUAAAAUAUACAAAGCUCAAAAGAACGCGAGGGAACUUUGGGCUAAGACUUUGUGGGUUAAUUUGAACCCUCAAGCGCUUGUUGACGGCAUUGAACAGUUCUUUAAAGAAUACAGAAAAUUGCCAAAGGCGGUCCGUCUUACGAAUACAGGCUUGAUGUUGGACCUCAAAAUGAAACAGUUCAAGAACGUCGUGCCCCUUAUGGUGUCUCUUAAAAACGAAGCGAUGAGAGAACGCCAUUGGAAAGAAUUGAUGGCUAAGACAGGCCAGGAGUUCGACAUGUCGCCAGAACGAUUUACUUUGGAGAAUAUGUUUGCUAUGGAGCUACAUAAAUAUCAAGAUGUUGCUGAAGAGAUAGUCAACCACGCCAUAAAGGAGCUCGCGAUCGAGAGAGGCGUGCGCGAUGUGCAAGAAACAUGGGCGAACAUGGCCUUCACAGUGGCGAGACACUUCAACCGUGGGGAAGAUCGCGGCUAUACCCUGAACCCCUGCGAUGAAGUUGUCGUCAAGUUGGACGAUGAUGCCAUGUCAUUACAGAGCAUGGCCGCCUCGCAAUUUAUAGGUCCAUUCCUAAGCGUAGUGCAGACGUGGGAGCGUCGCCUCGCGCUCAUAUCUGAAGUGAUAGAGGAGUGGUUCGCAACACAGCGCAAGUGGCUCUACUUGGAAGGAAUAUUCGUUGGGGGUGACAUCCGUACGCAAUUGCCCGAAGAGGCCAAAAAGUUCGAUGAUAUUGACAAGUCUUUUAGAAAGAUAAUGCUGGAUACUGCCAAAAGGCUAAAUGUUGUAGACUGUUGCACCAUCAGUGGGAGAUUAGAAGAGUUUGUAAACUUAGGUUUGGGUCUUCAAAAAUGCCAAAAAUCCUUAAAUGAUUAUUUGGAUUCAAAGAGAAGAAUAUUUCCAAGGUUUUUCUUUAUUUCAACCGACGAGCUUUUAUCUAUCUUGGGAAGUAGCGAAUGCAAUUGUGUACAGGAACAUAUGAUUAAGAUGUUUGAUAAUAUAAGAGCUUUGGAUCUGUACGUGGAUCACACUAACCGCCCUGUUGCUGCCAAAAUGAUAUCCGCUGAAGGAGAGAUAAUGGAUUUUCGCUACGUCGUCUACACGGAGGGCAGAGUGGAAGACUGGAUGAACUUGGUACUAAAUGAGAUGCGUAAUACUAACAAGUUUAUUACAAAAAAAGCUAUUUUCUACUAUGGGAAAAAUUGGAGAAUUCCCAGAACAGAGUGGAUAAUGGAGUACCAGGGCAUGGUGUGCCUCGCCGCCAACGGCGUGUGGUGGACCGCCGAGACGGAGGAGACGUUCGUGCGCAUCCGCAACGGCAAUAAGCGCGCCAUGAAGGAGCACCUGCAGCAGCAGAACGAGCAGCUGGACGGGCUUGUAGUUAAAGUUAGACAAGAUCUAUCAUCAAACGAUCGUUUAAAGUUCCGCACAAUAACAACAAUAGACGUGCACGCGCGCGACAUCAUCGAGGGUUUCGUGCGCGACAACGUCACCGAGGCCGCGGAGUUCGAGUGGGAGAGCCAGCUGCGCUUCUACUGGAUGAAGAAGGACGAUAAUUUGUGGAUAAAACAAUGCACAGGACUGUUUGAAUACGGCUACGAGUACAUGGGUCUGAACGGUCGCCUCGUCAUCACGCCACUAACGGAUCGUAUAUAUCUGACCAUCACUCAAGCUCUUACAAUGCAACUUGGAGGAGCUCCUGCGGGUCCAGCCGGUACUGGCAAAACGGAGACAACAAAAGACCUAGCAAAAGCCCUAGGGCUCCUCUGUGUUGUAACAAACUGCGGUGAAGGCAUGGACUUUCGCGCGGUGGGACAGAUACUCGCAGGGCUCUGCCAGUGCGGCGCGUGGGGCUGCUUCGACGAGUUCAAUAGGAUCGAUAUAUCCGUACUCUCAGUCAUAUCUACGCAACUACAGUGUAUAAGGAGUGCUUUGCUUAUGAAGUUGAAACGGUUUACGUUUGAAGGUCAAGAAAUAGCUAUGGACAGCAAAGUAGGUAUCUUCAUAACAAUGAACCCGGGGUACGCGGGGCGCACGGAGCUGCCGGAGUCUGUGAAGGCGCUGUUCCGACCCGUCGUCUGCAUACUACCAGAUCUGGAGAUGAUCUGCCAGAUAUCAUUGUUCUCUGAUGGGUUUUUGACUGCCAAGGUUUUAGCUAAAAAGAUGACAGUUCUGUACAAAGUGGCUCGAGAGCAACUCUCCAAGCAAUCUCACUACGAUUGGGGGCUUAGAGCUUUAACCGCAGUGUUGCGAAUGGCGGGGAAACUGAGGAGGGAUUCCCCCGGAUUGAGUGAAAUUAUGGUACUCAUGAGAGCACUUAGAGACAUGAAUCAUCCAAAGUUCGUCUUCGAAGAUGUGCCAUUGUUCCUCGGGCUCAUCAAGGACCUGUUCCCCGGCCUUGAGUGCCCUCGCGUCGGCUAUCCGGACUUCAACGUCGCUGUCGUGGACGUGUUGGAGAAGGGCGCAUAUAUAGUUCUACCUCAUCAGGUAGACAAAAUAGUGCAAGUGUAUGAGACAAUGAUGACAAGACACUGCACGAUGCUGGUGGGUCCCACCGGUGGCGGGAAGACUGUCAUCCUACAGACUCUAGUGAAGGCACAAACCAAUCUAGGAUUGCCCACCAAACUUACCAUUGUUAAUCCUAAGGCUUGCUCGGUGAUAGAAUUAUACGGCAUUCUCGAUCCCGUUACCAGAGAUUGGACGGAUGGACUUUACUCCAAAAUAUUCCGGGAAAUGAAUAGACCAGCAGACAGAGACGAGCGUCGUUACUCUCUAUUCGACGGUGACGUGGACGCGUUAUGGAUCGAAAACAUGAACUCGGUAAUGGAUGAUAACAAAUUGCUGACUCUCGCCAAUGGAGAGAGGAUCCGACUGGCUCCAUACUGCGCUCUGUUGUUUGAAGUCGGUGAUCUGAACUAUGCGUCGCCCGCGACCGUGUCUAGGGCCGGUAUGGUGUUUGUGGACCCCAAGAAUCUUGGAUAUCAGCCUUAUUGGGAAAGAUGGCUCCGAGGCCGUUCCAACGAAGACGAGCGCGAGCAGCUCUCCGGCCUGUUCGAGCACUACGUGGCGGGCGCCAUCAACUACAUCGUGUUCGGUCUCUUUGGAUUGCAGCAACAAACACCCUUGAAGACCAUCGUACCGCAAACACCACUCAACUUGGUAAUGCAACUCUGCUACAUGAUCAGUGGUCUGCUGCCCAAUAGAGAGGACAGCAAUGAGGAAAUAGAUCGAACAGUCGUCGAGUGUGUGUUCAUGGUUUCCAUGUACAACAGCCUCGGGGCAGCGAUCGUUGAUGACGGACGAUUCGACUUUGAUAAUUACGUAAAGAAGGCUUGCCCGAUGAUGUUGGUCGAAGAUACUCCGGAGAAAAAAGCUACUACUAAACACUUUCCCAUGGGUUUCCCAUCGCUAUACGAUUACUGCCUUGAGUUGACAACUAAAACAUGGGAAGCUUGGGAGUGGCUAGUCCCUGAAUACAUUCAUGACAGGGACCUGAGGUUCUCUUCCAUCCUCGUACCGACUGUCGAUACUUUGAGGAUGACGUGGCUGAUAAAAAUUAUGGAGAGUGUCGAACGGCCAGUGCUGCUUGUUGGUGACACGGGCACGUCUAAAACAGCUAUCAUCAAUAAUUACUUGCGAGGACUGCCACCUGAAAAAUUUAUCGUGCAGCAGAUGAAUUUUUCAUCGCGCACAUCGUCCAUGGACGUGCAACGCAAUUUAGAGUCCGUCGUGGAAAAGAGGACUAAAGAUACCUUCGGUCCUCCCGUGGGCAAGAAGAUGCUUGUGUUUAUCGACGAUAUGAACAUGCCUAUUGUAGAUACGUAUGGAACUCAGCAACCUAUAGCAUUAUUUAAGUUAUUAUUUGAACGCAAAGGUUUCUAUGAUAGGGGCAAAGACCUCAAUUGGAAGAAUCUAAAGGACAUUGGGUUCCUCGCGGCGAUGGGAAAAGCGGGUGGCGGGAGGAAUGACGUGGAUCCACGCUUCAUUUCCAUGUUUUCUGUCUACAAUCUACAAUUUCCGUCGGAGACGACGCUGAACCACAUAUAUGUGUCCAUACUAAAAGGUCACUUUUCAAUAUUCCCCGACGAAAUACAGGACAUUGUUGAUAAAAUCGUUCAAAUCACUUUGGAUUUAUAUAAGAUUAUCAUAGUGGAUCUACCGCCCACACCAGCGAAGUUUCACUACAUCUUCAACUUGCGUGACCUCUCGCGUGUGGCGGCCGGGCUUUGUUUGACGCACCCAAACUUCUUCAGUGAGAAAAGAAGCGUCGUCCGCUGUUGGAGGAAUGAAUUCACACGAGUCAUUUGCGACAGGCUUAUUAAUGUUCAGGAUAAUGAAUUGAUGCGUGGUCACAUCCAAGAGCACGUAGCCAAAUAUUUCCCCGAAGAAGAACCCGUCUUACUCGAAGAGAUUGUUGUUCCUGAAGAAGAGGAAAAAGCACCUGAAGAAGAAGAAGAUGAAUUUAUGACGGCGGAAACUAAACCUCCGCCCUCUACAAUUGAGGAGCAGGAGUUUCAGGUCGAGGAGGAAGAAGUAGAAGUUGAGCGGGAAUUAACGCUCGAAGAGUAUGUACUCCGAGAUCCACUUCUAUUUGGUGACUAUCGGAACGCUCUCGACGAAGAGGAAGUUCGAUAUUAUGAAGAUCUGUUGGAUUAUGAAGCAGUUUACUUCUUGUUCCAAGAGAUACUAGAGGAGUACAACGAGCGCGUCGGCAAGAUGUCGAUGGUGCUGUUCGAGGACUGCCUGGAGCACCUGACGCGCGCGCACCGCGUGCUGCGCAUGGACCGCGGCAACGCCAUGAUCAUCGGCGUGGGCGGCUCCGGCAAGAAGUCCAUCUGCCGGCUCGCAGCUUUUGCAGCAGGCUAUGAAAUGUUCGAGAUAACAGUAACUCGCAACUACAAUGAGAAUACUUUUAAGGAUGAUAUGAAGAGACUAUACAACCAGCUCGGCGUGGAUGGAAAACCCACCGUGUUUUUAUUCACCGCCACACAGAUUUUAGAAGAAGGUUUCUUGGAAUUUAUCAACAAUAUACUGAUGAUUGGAAUGAUACCUGCUUUAUUCGGUGAUGAUGAAAAAGACGCAAUCAUCAAUGCGGUCCGCAACGAGAGUCAAGAAGCGGGCUAUGGUGUAGCUAAAGACGCAGUUUGGAAUUACUUUUGCAACAAAUGCGCUGACAAUUUACACGUUGUAUUGUCGAUGUCACCCAGCGGCGACAUACUGCGGAACAGAUGUCGAAGUUUCCCCGGACUGGUAAACAACACGACUAUUGACUGGCAGUUCCCGUGGCCGAAGCAGGCCCUACUCGCUGUGGCUAACGUGUUUCUCUCAGACGUUCAGAAAAUUCCAGAAGAAUUCCGCUCGAUAAUAGUAGAGCACGUGGUGCACGUGCACAUGUCGGUGGCGCACUACUCCGCGGAGUUCCUGUUGCGCUUGCGCAGGAACAACUACGUGACCCCCAAACAUUAUAUGGACUUUCUCACUAACUAUCUCUCUUUGCUGAAUGAGAAGGACGCUUUUAUUGUUGCUCAGUGCGAACGUUUGAUAGGAGGCUUAGCUAAGAUUGAGGAAGCCAAUGUCCAAUUAGAAGACUUAAAUGCUAAGUUAGCAGUGCAGAAAGUGAUAGUUGCGGAACAGACCAAGGAAUGCGAAAUAUUACUGAAAGAGAUAUCGACAGCGACUGAAGCAGCCGUCGCUAAACAAAACGUCGCUGCAAUAAAAAGUGUAGAAAUAACUGAGCAAAGUAAGGUAAUAGCCGAAGAAAAAUCUGAGGCAGAGGAAGCGCUUUCUGCAGCGCUUCCAGCGCUUGAAGCGGCUAGACUCGCUCUAGCUGAUCUAGAUAAGAACGAUAUCACGGAAAUUAGAUCUUUUGCUACUCCACCUGAGGCUGUACAGGUCGUCUGUGAAUGCGUAGUAAUAAUACGUGGUAUAAAAGAUGUGAGCUGGAAAGGUGCAAAGGGAAUGAUGGCCGACCCCAACUUUUUACGUAACCUUCAAGAAAUGAACUGUGAUCUCAUUACACAAGCGCAAGUAAAAGCGGUUAAGGCUCACAUGAAAAAGAGUAAAAAGCUGGAUACCAUGCAACAAAUUAGUAAAGCUGGUUAUGGUCUUUUAAAGUUCGUAAUCGCUGUACUGGGCUACUGCGCUGUGUACAAAGAAGUUAAACCAAAGAAAGAUAAAGUGGAAGCUCUAGAAAAAGAAUAUUCCGAAGCUUGCAACUAUUUGGCAUCUCUCAACCGUGAAAUAGAUCGAUUACAGAAAACGUUAGAUGGUCUCAACAAUAGAUAUGAAACGGCAAUGCUGAGGAGGCAAGAAUUGCAAGAAGAAACAGAUAUUAUGAUGAGGCGAUUGGUGGCCGCUGAUAAACUCAUGUCAGGACUUUCGAGUGAACAGAAACGAUGGACUGAAGAUCUAGCUGCUUUAUACAUAGAACAAUCUAGAUUAAUUGGAAAUUGUCUGCUGUCUGCUUCCUUUUUGAGUUACACCGGACCUUUCUCGUUCUCUUUCCGGCAGACAAUGUUGUAUGAAGAUUGGAUGGGAGAUGUGUUGGAGAGAGGUAUUCCUCUCACUACUCCUUUCACUGUUGAGAAAAAUUUGACUAAUGAAGUUGAAAUUAGUGGAUGGAAUUCAGAGGGUUUGCCGCCAGAUGAACUAUCCGUACAAAAUGGUAUUCUAACAACGAGAGCGUCGCGCUUCCCGCUUUGCAUCGAUCCGCAAACACAGGCGCUCACUUGGAUAAAGAGGAAGGAGGCUAAAAAUAAUCUAAAGGUUUUAUCAUUUAACGACCCACAAUUUCUACGACACUUGGAGAUGGCCAUCAAAUACGGCAUGCCGGUGCUGUUCCAAGACGUCAACGAAUACAUCGAUCCCGUCGUAGAUAAUGUUUUAGAGAAAAAUAUUAAAGUGGAAAGUGGUAGAACGUUCGUAAUGCUGGGCAGCACGGAGGUGGACUACGACCCUCACUUUCGUAUGUAUCUCACCACAAAGCUCGCGAACCCGCAGUUCAACCCCGCCGCGUACGCUAAGGCUGUCGUCAUCAACUACACCGUCACUGUGCAGGGUCUAGAAGACCAACUCCUCAGCGUAGUGGUGCGCGCAGAGAGAGCUGACCUGGAGGAGCAGCGCGAGAGCCUCAUCAUAGAGACUAGCGCCAACAAGAGCUUGCUGUCGGGACUGGAAGACUCGCUACUGAGAGAACUGGCGACAUCUACCGGCAACAUGCUGGACAAUGUUGAGCUUGUUAACACUUUAGAGAAUACAAAGUCUAAAGCGGCUGAGGUGAUGGAAAAACUUCAAUUAGCCGAAGCGACGACAAAAGACAUAGAGAAGCUCAGGGACGGCUACCGGCCGGUCGCCAAGCGCGGCUCCAUUCUGUUCUUCGUGCUGUCGGACAUGGCCAGCGUCAACAGCAUGUACCAAUACUCGCUUUCCUCGUACCUUGAUGUAUUUUCCUUCUCAUUGCGUAAAGCGAUGCCGAAUGUCAUUUUGGCCAAACGAUUGAAGAAUAUAAUUGACAUGUUGACUAAAAAUGUAUAUGAUUACGGAUGUACUGGAAUAUUUGAGAGACAUAAGUUGCUUUUCUCAUUCCAAAUGGACAUUAAAUUGGAGCAAAGCGAAGGAAAUGUAACUCAGAUGCAGCUGGAUUUCUUUAUCAAGGGCAAUGUUUCAUUGGAGAAAGCCAUCAGAGCCUGUCCUGCACCAUGGAUACCCGCGCAGGGUUGGCAGGACAUCAUGAAAUUAAGCGCCGAAUUUGCUGAUAACUUUGUAGAUCUACCAGACCAUAUUACUACAAAUCUCGAAAAAUGGCAAGAGUGGUUCGACAGCGACACGCCCGAAUCAUCGGACAUCCCAGACGGUUACAAGGAACGACUCAACCCGUUCGAGCUGCUUAUGUUGCUGCGCUGCUUCCGCGUGGACCGCAUCUACCGCGCGCUCACCGACUACAUCACGGUCACCAUGGGCGAGGAGUACAUCACGCCGCCUGUCAUCAGUCUGGACAUGAUCUACGAACAGACAACACCGUUCACGCCGGUAGUGUUCAUCCUCAGUCCCGGCUCUGACCCGACCGCGGACCUCAUGAAGCUCGCAGACAGGUGCGGUUUCGGAGGCGGCAAGUUUAAGUAUCUGUCGCUUGGCCAGGGACAGGAAGGGGCCGCUUUAUCCUUGCUGGAAGGUGCAAUAUCUCACGGACAAUGGUUGAUCUUACAAAACUGUCACUUGCUAGUUUCGUUUUUGCGUGAAUUGGAAAAGCAGUUGGAGUUGAUGACGAAGCCACACCCUGAGUACCGACUCUGGCUCACCACUGACCCCACACCCACAUUCCCUAUUGGCAUACUUCAGAGAUCACUGAAAGUGGUAACUGAACCUCCAAACGGCUUAAAAUUAAACCUCCGGAACACUUACUUCAAAAUGCGCACCCACGCGCUAGAGGAAUGUAUCCAUCCGCAGUUUAGGAAGCUCGUGUACGUGCUGGCUUUCUUCCACGCCGUAGUACAGGAGCGUCGCAAAUACGACAAGAUAGGCUGGAACAUCGCGUACGACUUCAGCGAGUCGGACUUCGUGGUGUGCAUGCAGAUCCUGCAGUGCUACCUCGACCGCUGCUACGCUGCGAAGGGCCCCGUGCCGUGGUCCACACUCAAGUAUUUGUUUGGUGAAGUAAUGUACGGGGGCAGAGUGAUAGAUGAUUUUGACAGAAGAGUUGUCAAAACAUACAUGGAUGAAUAUUUGGGCGAGUUCCUCUUCGACAAAUUCCAGCCCUUUCAUUUUUAUCACGACUCUACCUUCGACUACGUGAUUCCGCCUGAUGGAGAACGCGAAGAAUAUAUCGAUUCCAUCGACACGCUGCCGCUCGCGAACACGCCUGAGGUGUUCGGUCUGCACCCCAACGCCGAGAUCGGGUACUUCAGCCAAGCGGUGCGCGAGAUGUGGGGACACCUCAUUGAACUGCAGCCGCAGACUACAAGUAAAUUUGUGGAGAGUAGCGGCGAAGGCGGUGGCACGAUGAGCCGCGAAGAGUUCAUAGACACGAUCGCAGUGGACAUCCUCUCCCAGCUGCCGGCGCAGUACGAGGUGUGGCGCGUGCGCAAGCAGUUCGAGAUGAACAUCACGCCCACCGUUGUAGUGCUCUUGCAGGAGCUCGAGAGGUUCAACCGUCUCAUCAGCAAAUUACAAGUAACUCUAACACAACUCCGCAAGGCUUUAGCGGGCGAGAUCGGCAUGGACGCGGUACUCGACAACGUGUCUAACAGUCUGUUCAACGGUCAGCUGCCGGGCGUGUGGCGCGGCCUCGCGCCCGACACCAGGAAGGGGCUGGGAGGUUGGAUAGAUCACUUUAUGGCCCGCACCAAACAGUACACAGAUUGGGCAACCAUAGAAGAGCCAGUAGUGAUCUGGCUGUCCGGCCUCCACAUCCCCGAGUCGUACCUCAUCGCUCACAUACAGAUGGCGUGCCGCCUCUACACGUGGCCGCUCGACCGCUCUACGCAGUUCACGCGCGUCACCCGAUACACCACCCCGGAUGAUAUAGAAGAACGACCUGUUACUGGAUGCUAUGUCCGAGGCCUAUACUUGGAAGGCGCUCGCUGGGAUACUGAAGACGGUUGUUUAAGACGAUCUCAUCCUAAAGUUCUGAUAACAGAGUUACCCAUCAUGUAUAUUAUACCCAUUGAAGCACAUAAACUUAAGUUGCAGAACACUCUUCGCACGCCAGUAUACACGACGUCGUCACGCCGAGAUGCAAUGGGCGUGGGUCUGGUGUUCGAGUCCGACCUCUGGACGGCAGAGCAUUGCAGCCAUUGGGUAUUGCAGGGUGUCUGUCUAGUUAUGAAUACAGAU